AUGGACGUCAUUUUAGACUUCGCAGCUGACCUAACCGGUCGACUCGCUAUCGAUCAAAAGAAGCGACAUCUAGGUUUAGACGUCAAAUCUGUGGCUCAACUGGAUCAGCAACUGAAUGAUUUCACUUUACCGAUAGCGAGUCCUUCGUCCUCGACUAGGCGCCAGUUUGACCAAGAAGGAACAAAGCUAUGGAAUACUUGCAUACAGCUCAUGACUGUCUAUAGAGACAGAAAAGAAGAAGUUGCCCUUGUGUGCAAAGUGAAGGCAUUCGCUUACGCGAUGUUGGAUUAUGCCGCACCAUAUCGAGGCAGGGGAAGCAACAGGACUUUAGAGACAGCAUUUAGCAUAGCAUCGACAUGCAUAGAGAAUGGUUGUCUCGACCUAAGCCAGAGGAUCAUUGAAACUGCAGCUGUGCGGUUAGAUAGACUUGAGAAGUACGAAAGUGACAUUGAGGGCUCAAAGCUUCAACAGUAUACCAUAGAGUACUACAUGCUUCGUGUCUACUUGGCAUGGCUGCAGGGGAGACUCGACAUAGCAGAGCACUUGUUCUCAAAGAUACCCGUAUCAGACAAUGGCAGGGGUCAAGAUUGUGUCAUGGACAUAUGCUAUAAGAUCGGUAGCUGUGCGCUUUCACACAAGCAGUAUGAUGACUCUGUGAAGUGGUUAGAAAGGGCUUUGAGAGCAUUUCGUGCCGGUCUUCGUCUUGAUACCAAAGAGUCCAAUGGCUUUCUUGCUAAAGCCAUGGAUGCACUGAAAACUCAUUACGGUGGGAUGUUCCCAGUUCAGGUCAUCCAACUUGAGCUACUGAGCAAGGAAGAAGUAGAUGAGAAUGUCUUUUCGCAAGGUCACUGA